UAGCAUCCUGCUAUCGCCGGCAUCAUCCCUACUAUCCCUUUCCUACGCCUAGCAGGGUAAGACAGUCCGACUCAGCUUCUCCAUCAACCCAAGCCAUCGCUGGUGCCCGAUUCUCUCCCUCCCCUACAGCCCCAAAGGGUUGUCGAAUCGCCAGGUCGCCAAGAUGCUCUCCGGCAUCCUGAUCUUCAACCAGAAGGGCGAGAAUCUCAUCUUUCGCGCCUUUCGGAACGACUGCCGCCCUCGUCUCGCCGACGUCUUCCGCAUCCAGGUCAUCUCGAAUCCCCAGGUCCGGUCGCCCAUCCUCACCCUCGGUAGCACCACCUUCAGCCACGUUAAGCACGAGAACAUCUACUUGGUCGCUGUCACUAAGAGCAACGCCAAUGCCGCCCUCGUCUUCGAGUUUCUCUACCGGCUGAUCCAGCUCGGUAGGGGCUACUUUGGUAAGUUUGACGAAGAAGCUGUCAAGAACAAUUUUGUGCUAGUCUACGAGCUUUUGGAUGAGAUCAUCGAUUUUGGAUACCCCCAGAACACCGAGACCGACACCCUCAAGAUGUACAUCACCACCGAAGGCGUCAAGUCCGAGCGCGCCGCCGAAGACUCGGCCAAGAUUACGAUGCAAGCCACCGGCGCGUUGUCGUGGAGGAAAGCCGAUGUUAAGUACAGGAAGAACGAGGCCUUCGUCGACGUGAUCGAAGACGUGAACCUCCUUAUGUCCGCCACCGGCACCGUCCUCCGCGCCGACGUCACCGGCCAGAUCAUCAUGCGCGCUUACCUCUCGGGGACGCCCGAAUGCAAGUUUGGCCUCAACGACCGGCUCCUGCUGGACCACGACGGCCUCCAGUCGCUCCCGAGCGGGAAUCGGCUCGGCACAAAGGCUACCAAAGCCGCCGCCGGCAGCGUGACCCUCGAGGACUGCCAGUUCCACCAGUGCGUCAAGCUGGGCAAGUUCGACUCGGACCGCAUCAUCUCCUUCGUCCCGCCCGACGGCGAAUUCGAGCUCAUGCGCUACCGAGCGACCGAGAACGUCAAUCUCCCCUUCAAGGUGCACGCCAUCGUUAAUGAGGUUGGCAAGACCAAAGUAGAGUACAGUAUUGGCGUCAAGGCGAACUUUGGAAGCAAGCUUUUCGCUACGAACGUCAUCGUCCGCAUACCGACUCCUCUGAACACGGCCCGCAUCACGGAACGUUGCACGCAGGGCAAGGCCAAGUACGAGCCGAGCGAGAACCAUAUCGUGUGGAAGAUUGGUCGCUUUACCGGUCAGAGCGAAUUCGUGCUGAGCGCGGAGGCGGAGCUUACCAGUAUGACCAAUCAGAAGGCGUGGUCGCGCCCGCCGCUCAGCAUGAGCUUCAGCCUGCUCAUGUUCACCAGCUCCGGCUUGUUGGUUCGUUACUUGAAGGUGUUCGAAAAGAGCAACUAUUCAAGUGUGAAGUGGGUGAGGUACAUGACGAGGGCUGGGUCCUAUGAAAUCCGAUUCUGAAUGAUUCGGAGGCGUUCAGCUCGACGGGGGCGCUUACCGCGAUUCCCCUACGAUACCCUCGCCCGACAAUGAGGCCGUAUCCUGUUAUCCUUUCGAAAGAGUGGCGGCCGAUGUCCCUACCAACACUCUAAGAUAUUGACGCAUAGUCACAACCUACUACCCCCUCCACCCCCCCUAAAAAAGGCCGAGUAUGCUAGGAGCACUAGUCAAUCUCAGCCAUUGACAUCGUACCCGUAUACCGAGCCCGCUUACGAGGAACAUAAUGACGAAAGAUGAAUAUCUACCAGAUAUGCUGUUGGGCACGGUUUUGGUGGCUGUGUACUCUUAGACUGUCCAUGUAAUGACCCGACACGUACUCACAUUUUCCACCCUGUGAUGAAGACGUUGGCAUCACUAAGGUGUAAGUAUAAAACUAACAGGCAUCUAAUCCCGCGGAGCUGUAUAAUCUCGGAAGGACGAUAUGAAGGCGACUCGCACGAUCAAUACCCUAGGAGGAGAUAUAAUUCGAUAUAUAUAGCCAUCUAAGAAGCUGACCUAAUACCACAUGUAACA